AAGCAGACUGCUUCUACAAACAUUUGUGAAAGAAUGGGUCGCUCUCAGGAGCUCAGUGAAUUCAAGUGUGGAACCGUGAUAGGUUGCCACCUGUGCAAUAAGUCCAUCCGUGAUAUUUCCUUGUUACUAAAUAUUCCACGGUCAAUUGUUAGUGGUAUGAUAACAAAGUGGAAGCAACUGGGAACAACAGCAACUCGGCCACGAAGUGAACAGGGUCAGCAAAUGCAAAAAAAGAAGCGCACGGUGUGCAGAAGUCGCCAACUGUCUGCAGAGUCAAUAGCUAAAGAUCUCCAAACCUCAUGUGGCCUUCAGAUUAGCACAAAAAGAGUGUGUAGAGAGCUUCAUGGAAUGAGUUUCAAUGGCCAA